AUAGCAGUUUCUUGUGACUUUUCCCUCAAGCCGACCACCCACCUAUCAGAACAGCACACUUCAAACCUACGCCCUUACUAAAAGAACAUGGCCAAGGGCGGGAAAGGCCCUAAGGGCAAGAAGAUCACCCUCAAAGUGGCCAAGAAUUGUAUCAAAAUCACAUUUGAUGGGAGAAAACGCCUUGACUUGAGCAAGAUGGGAAUUACCAAUUUCCCCAAGUGUAUCCUGAGACUGAAUGAUGUGGAUGAGCUCGAUCUUAGCCGGAAUAUGAUCAGAAAAAUCCCUGAAUCAAUCUCCAAGUUCCAGAACCUGCGGUGGCUGGACCUGCACAGCAACUAUAUUGACAAGCUUCCUGAGUCCCUCGGCCAGAUGACGACUCUGCUCUACCUCAAUGUCAGCAACAACAGGCUCAUCACCAAUGGGCUGCCUGCGGAGCUCAAUCAGCUCAAGAAUAUCCGCACCUUGAACCUAGGCUUAAACCACCUGGACAGUGUGCCCACCACCCUGGGUGCUCUGAAGGAGCUCCAUGAGGUGGGGCUCUAUGACAACCUGCUGACCAGCAUCCCCAACAGCAUCUCCAAGCUCCCCAAGCUCAAAAAGCUCAACAUAAAGCGAAACCCCUUUCCCAAGUCGGAGGAGUCAGACACAUUCAUAGAUACCAUCAAGAGGCUGGACAACUUAUAUCUGGUGGAAGACAAAGAUCUUUGUUCAAAUUGCCUGAGAAAAUGCCAACAGGCCCGGGACAAGCUGAACAAAAUCAAGAAUAUUGCCACGGGAGCACCGAAAAAGGCCAUCUUUUCCAAUUUGGUCUCACCCAACUCCAUGGCCAAGGAUUCCCAAGAAGACUGGAGGAUCCGUUCAACAUCUCCCUAG